AUGAAUUAUAUAGGCACAGUGUAUCGAAAGAUGAAGAAGUACUUGCUCUCGCGCUUGUACUCUGUGCCUCCCAAAGAGCCUGAAUGCGUGCGCGUCGAGGCAACUUCGACAACGUUAAAAGUAUCUUGGGAAUGCGGAGAAGAGACGUCGGAGUAUAACUACUGUGAUUAUUAUCAGUUGGAGAUAGAACCGCAAAGGAAAGAGAUUAAAGAAGCGCUCGGAGCUCUGUCGUGGAUGCCAAUAUACGAAGGGACGGAGAGGAGCUUUUUCAUCGAAAAGUUACAACCGAACAUGCGGUUCCACGUGCGAGUGAAAACGAUAAACUCCGCGGGGGAGUCGCAAUGGGUGCUUACCAAGACGCAAACGAAGGAGGAGAAGUGGGGGGACGCCUUUCGAGGUCGCGCAAAUAGUUAG